AGCUCAAUUUCCCAUAGGCAUCUAUCUCCAUACUCUGACAGACACCAAUAGAGAAAACCAUCAUCACAAGAGAGUCACAUGAAAUGGCAACAAAACAAGUUACUUUGGUUCAUGUAGACGAUGACUACAUUGAAAUGGAACUGUGUUCCUCCCCCAACUUCUUCUCAUACUCCCUUAGUUCUCCAACAUCCAAUAGAGAGUUUGAAUUCCAGAUGAGUGAGAAAGAGUCAUCAACUUCUCCAGCAGAUGACCUCUUCUACAAAGGAAAACUCCUUCCUCUUCACCUUCCCCCUCGUUUGCAAAUGGUUCAAAAGCUCGUAGAAAACUCCAAUGCCAACUUUGAGUAUGUGAAAACAGAUUCCGCGUUGGAACGCAGAACUUUUCCCAUAACCACUGAAUCUAACAUCUCACCUACAGAAUCACGCCGAGUUAGCAGUGAUGUGAUCCCAACUGAAUACCCACUAUGUUUGUUUUCUGACAUGAACAACCUAAUCGGUGAUCUUCCCAAGAAGUCUUGGCCCAAGAAACUGAAACAGAUGAAGCAGUUCUUGCUUGGCCAGAGACUGAAGGCCUCACGAGCUUAUCUGAAAACUUUGUUCAGCAAAUCUGGUUGCUCAGACAAGUUUUGUGCCAGUGCUGCAAGCAACAUGGGAGCAGAGAAAACACCAUUCAAGUGCAAAGAGUGUCAGAACAAGUACAGGAAGGUUGCUAGGAGAAGCCCAUUUGAGAGUUUGUAUGAUACCAAGCAGCACCAGGUAACUUGUGCUGUGAUGAAGACCCUUAAAAGAGAGAUGCUUGAAGUUGAAGAUGAUUUCUGUGACCACAGGAGGUCUUUCUCUGGGGUUUCUCAUCGACAUUGUGCCACCAAGGCUUCAUCUUUGUCCACAUCUUCAUCCGGGUCCUCUUCUUCAUCUUCAUCUUUUUCUCUCAGCUCAGCUGGGUACUAUGAUUUGCAACUUUUCAAGAGGAGCAUCAGUGCAAAUUAUGAGUUGGAAAGUUCAGUGGAGGGAGCAAUUGCUCAUUGCAAACAGUCUCAGCAACAGUGUAGUUCAAAGAAUGGUUCAGACGAUAGCAGGAUUUGUUCUCAAUUCGCUACAAAAUUGCAGUUGGUGGGAGUUAAAGAAUAGCUAUAGUUACACCACAAGAGUGUUAGCGUAAGUGAGUGUUGAGAAAACCUUGUAAGAGAAGAAAUAGGCAUUCUCGUUUGAAAUGCUGCUGCAUUUUGGUGGAGUUUACUGUUUGAAUGAAUAGACUGGGUUUUCCAGCAUUAAGUUGUUCAAAAAUAAAAUAAGAUUCUACAA